CAAAUGCUUGCAUGGGAUUUUUUUUUUCCUUAUAAUUAAAAGAUUAAUCGUUCAUACUAAUUUAUUCUUAAAAAAAUAUCAUGAUAAUUCAAAUUGAAAUAAUCUAUAGCAUUUUAUGGACACGAUUUUAUGUGGACCGUGCUACAUGUAAUCUCUUGCAGCAGACUUCGGCAACGACGGAAAUGCCCUCGACACCCAAGGCCAGUUGUGUAAAUGCACCGUUGCGUCCAAUUCAGUUGCAGAUAUUCAGAAGAUAAUCGCAGAUAAUAGAUAGAAUUGCAGCCAAGUUGCUCUGCUUCUCCCCCUCUUUCACUCUCUUUUUUUCACAGACAAAUCAUCCCUUAGAUUCUGCAUUCCGUAGAUACUUCAUGGUUUGUCUCAAAAUCGUUGAUAAAACACAAAAAAAGUAAAUAAAAAAAUGACACAAGAUAAUCCAAGACAAGACCGGAGCUCCUCUGCAUCUUCAUCAACGUCCAUUGUUAGGCAAGCUAUUCAGGGUGUGUCUUCUUUAAUCUCCUUCUCUCAUGGAAUAAGAGUUUUUCCGGUGAAAUGGCAAAUGUUAAGGUACAAGCUAGAAGAGCUAAACACAAGCCUGCUCGCUAUCGAGAACUGCGAUUCGACCCAAAACCCAAAACUUUCAGGCCUCAUAUCUGCCAUAAUACUCACUGCAAACAACUGCUACGAUCUUGCCCGUAGAUGUGUGGACCUUUCAUACAGUGGAAAGCUCUUAAUGCAGAGUGAUUUGGACGUAAUGGCUUCAAAGUUUGAUCGCCUCGUGAAGAAUCUAUCUGGGAUUUGCAGUGCAGGUGUUUUGACUCAGGAUUUUGCUCUUAUUGUGUCUAAGCCUGGACUCAGUGCUUGCAAAGAAGAUUUGAGAUUUUACGUGAGGGAUCUAUUGACCAGAAUGAAGAUUGGUGACACAGAAAUGAAGAGGCAAGCUUUGGUCAAUUUAUAUGAAGUUCUUGUGGAAGAUGAAAGGUAUUUCAGGGUAAUUGCUGAAGUUGGUGACAUUGUCCAUAUAUCGGUUAAUCUUCUUGAUUCAGCUGACAUUGGAAUUCAAGAAGAGGCUGCCAAGGCGGUUUCAGUGCUUUCUGGGUUCGAUUCCUGCAAGUCUGCGUUGGUUAGAUCUGGGGUUAUAGGGCCUUUGGUUCGGGCCUUGGAAACUGGAAGUGAAUUGGGAAAAGAGGCUGCUACAAGAAGUUUACAGAAAUUAACUGAGAAUUCUGAUAAUGCUUGGUCAGUUUCAGCUCAUGGUGGUGUCACAGCUCUGUUAAAAAUAUGUGCCAGUGGUGAUUCUAGAGAAGAACUCAUUGGUCCAGCUUGUGGGGUAUUGAGAAACCUUGUUGGCGUUGAAGAAAUAAAGCGAUUUAUGAUUGAAGAUGGUGUUGUUUCUAGAUUUAUCAAGCUUGCAAGAUCAAGAAGUGAAGCUGUGCGGAUAAGUUCAAUUGAAUUCCUCCAAAAUAUUGCUUCUGGAGACGAAUCAGUUCGGCAAUUGGUAGUUAGAGAAGGUGGAAUUCGCGCAUUAGUACACAUUCUCGAUCCAAAAAUUUCAUCUACCUAUAAAUCCCGUGAGAUAGCACUAAGAGCAAUUGAGAAUUUAUGCUUCUCUUCGACAAAUUGCAUUAAUAUACUGACCAACCAUGGAUUUCUGGAUCAGUUGCUUUCCUUUCUUCGAAAUGGAGAUGUUUCAGUUCAGGAACUGGCACUAAAAGUAGCAUUUAGGCUAGCUGGAACAUCAGGGGAGGCUAAGAAAGCAAUGGGUGAUGCUGGUUUUAUGUCUGAGUUUGUUAGAUUUCUUGAUGCAAAAUCAUGUGAAGUUAGAGAAAUGGCAUCUGAGGCACUCACUGGCAUGAUUUCAGUGCCCAAAAUUCGGAAGAGAUUCGUGCAGGAUGACCGCAACAUUGGCUUACUUCUUCAAUUGCUUGAUCAAGAAGAGGCAAAUUCAUCAGGUACUAAAAAAUUAUUGAUAUCUAUAUUAAUUUCAUUGACAAGCAGCAACAGUGGAAGAAGAAAAAUUGUCAAUUCUGGGUAUUUGAAGAACAUAGAGAAACUUGCAGAGGCUGAAGUUUCUGAUGCCAAAAGGCUUGUCAGGAAGCUUUCCACAAAUAGAUUUCGCAGUAUGUUGAGUGGAUUAUGGCAUUCCUGAAUCCCGAGUAUAUGUACAUACUUUUUAAUUUCCUUUUAGCUUCUUUUUCACUGUAUAUUUACUCAAGUGGUAUCAAAAUUUUGCUCUGUGUCUCAAUCUCAAAUAUCAGAAUCUUUAAAGUUUUUUCCUUCUGAAAAAAAAAGGGACAGCUUUAGACUUUAGAGCAGCUCUUGCUUAAUUUGUAACUAUAUCUAAUUUGUAGUGAAAAGGUGUUGUAGAUUCUGUAUAACAUAUUCUGCACGUUGAUUGCAGUAGUGUUUGCAAAUUUUUUAAUGAAAUAAGACAGAAAAGGGAAUUUAAUUGCUGUUAUUUAA